CUUUUCUUAACUUAAAUUCCUCAUCAUAAGUAAUCCACCUAAGUAUUCCAAUUUCUUUCUCCAAUUUGAGAUGUUUAACAAUAGAAUGCCAAACCUUCAAUGAGAAUGUGUACCUGGAUAUUACUUUGUCCCCCAUAUGUACCUGCACUCUUAAAAAUUGCUGUUAAUUUACGGCAAAAUUUUAACAGUAUAAUCCUGUUAUAUUAAAAAGCAGCACAUUGCUGUUUUUUUACGGUUGGUGAAAUGACGUAGACAAAUGUAAACAGCAUUUUCCCGUAUUUAUUCCACGAAGGAAAGAAAACAGUACUUAACAGUAUUUUUGGAACUGAAAACUGCAGCGAGCACAUGCAACGAGCACAUUUUCAUCCGUCUUUACACUGAUAUAACCGUGCCAAACCGUCAACGUGCAAUCUGCGUCACAGAGUGGAGCUGGAUUUCUGAUUCAGAGAUUUCCCGAUUACAAGUGCAAUGAGCACUGUGAAUGAAGAUCUGAGGGGCAUCAUCCUCAGCACUUUGCCAAGAAUUUCUAACGACACUCUACAGGCAUUGAUAGACAAGCUAUUAAACUCCGGUCUGGAAUCUACACAAGACCUGAAAUAUGUGACUAAAGAAGAUAUUGGUGACCUACUGCCGGUCAUUCAACUACGGAAGCUUCUGGAAGCAUUUAAAAAAGAGACAGAGAUGGUCACUUUGGACCUACAAAUUCUUCCUUCCCCUACACCAGCAGUCAGCUUGCCUUCAGACCUUCCUUGCUCCAGUGCAUCAAGUGAACUCUCAAAUCAAGAAUCCAGCAGCUCCGAAGACUGCAGUCCAUCCGCCCAAAUAAAAAAAACAUGGCCAGAUACUUUUCAGAUUCCUUGGACUGCAAUGCCUAUGGACAUUCGUUCAGCAGUGACUGAUGGCAAGAGACCUUCACCAGCAGCACGGCGACAAAUGGUCAGAGUUUUGGCAGAUGAGAUGAGGAAAUAUGAGCUAAACCCAACACGCGGACAAUGUGUCACAGUCUGCCGAAACAUCAUCCGCCAGUAUCCUCAAAGUUUUGCUGAUCUCCGUGACAAUGGUCAGGUACUAGGAAAUGGUUAUACCUCACUGUUAAUUCAAAUUAAAAAUCGAAUUGAAAAUCUGAACCGCACCACCAGCUUUCGCCAACACCGUUCAUCUGGUGAUGGACUAAAGAGAGGGCCUACUGAUACAUAUGGCUGCACCAGAUUCCAGCCUGAUCUCCCACCAGAGGAGACAGAUGCAACCGUAGAGCAGAAACGUCAGCGGCUGGAGGAGAUAUACUGUCGAGAUGGAAUAAAUGGGGUUGAAAGAGCAGAAGUUAAGCAACUUAUGGAAACAACCUUUUGCCUCCAGCGGAAGCAAAUAAACAUAUUACCAGCACCCACCAUCAGUGAUUUAAGAAAGCAGUGGCCAUACCUUUUCACUCCGAAAGGGCUUUAUGCUCAUUUUGAGCUUCUAACUGACAUCAAAGUUAUGCGUGCACUUGAGCUUGCCAUUGAAGAAUGUGGAAGAGCCAUUGUGGAGUUCUUCAGCAACAAACCCACCAAUGCAGAUGUCAGGGCAGUCAUUUCUCUGCGGCCAGACCUCGAGCUUUCCUUCUGCAUCAUCCAACUUCUAAUGGCUCACUUCUCUGAGACUCAGGAAGGGCUGAUCCUUUUUGCAAAUGCAUCUUCCACUGCAGCUGAUGUAGAAAGGACACUAGAACUACCUGCAACUCCUCGACUGAUACUCCUUGGUGAAAAACCAGGAAGCUGCAUUCAUAAAUGGAUGAUUAGUUUUGAGGGGCAAAUAAUCUGUGAGGGCAUCACGCCAAGUUUUCUGUCUGGACUUGCUGCUGUGUUUUCUACUUUCUACAAUUUCAAUGUGGAGUACCAAGCUGAGGCUGCAUCCACGUUGGAAUUCAUUCAGAGGCGCUUCAUUGGAAUAAAUCCUGAAAAAGGCACCAAGGGUGGACAAGUCUUGUCGAAGCGGACAGGGAAGGUCGCCCACAAAAAGAAAUCAGUGAACACUCGGGUUGCCAGUCUUCUUAAGAAGCUAAUGGACUUUGAGUGGGACUUCAUAUAAGUGAACCCACUCAUUCACUAACAUACCACAUACACACCUUACACAUAUUCUACAAAAACAACAAAAACAUGCUUUUAGUGUGUUAGUCGCACAAUUUUUUCAGGUGUUCAUUUUUGAAUACCUACAUCUUUCUUCAUUCAGUAAUUCUUAUUCACUAAUAAUUCAGUAUUUCUUAAUCACUCAGUAGUUCUCUGAGCCACUCAUUUAGUUUUUUCUGUUAUAUAAAUAUUUUGUUUAUUCAGUUAAACAUAUUCUGAAGCUUAAGUUUUAGCCAUUCAAAUUGCAUCAGCCACUAAUUUUGAGAAUAUUGUGUGAUUAAAGUGGCUUUUUUUUUCCAAGUUUGUCAAAGUUUUAAUAAAGCACAUUUUGAAGUUACACUGCAUUGUGUUAAAUGUGUAAUGUUUCAAAGGAUAUAUUUGUACAUUGUACUAAAACAUGGUUUUAAAGCUACACUUCUAAGGGGAAAUAUCUAGAAAAAUAAUUCCACCUUUUUUUCUUAGCAGUUAAUUUCUCAAUAUAAUAACAUAUUUGUAGCUUACAGUUAAAAAGUGCAAAUAAACAUUAAUUAACUGUUAAUGCUUUUGACAGUAAUUUACUGUUAAUGUAGAAAAUAACAGCUUUAUGCUGUAUUUACAAAAACAGUAACAAACUGUAAAUUUCAACAACAGCAAGACACUGUUAAUUUAACAGUAACUUGCUGGCAACCGUGCUGCCAGUUACUUACUGUUUUUUAACAGGACAAUUUUUAACAG